AUGUUAUUUUCUGUCUUUAUUAUCAUCGUUACUAUUUCCUUUACUCAAGGUUUAAGUCGAUUGAAUGAAACUGUCAUUCGUCAAAAUCGUCCUCUUUCACCAGCAUUCUUUGAUGAAAUUAUUGUUGAUGGUGCUUUUGAUGUAUUUUUAAGUCAAUUAAAUGGUAUAUCUACUCCUACGGUUGAAAUUGAAGUAGCUGCUUACGCUCAAAAGCAUAUUGUUGUUGAAAUUCUUGAUAAGCAUAUUCUUUCAAUUCGUGUUAAAGGUACCUUAGUGAUUCAUAAAAAUAUCAAUGCUUAUAUACGAUUUAAUUCACCAUUACAACGUUAUACGAUUAAAGGUACAGGUAAUACAAAGACCGAUGAUAAUGGUCUAACAAAUACCGGUAAUGAAAAAUUUGUAUUGGAGAAUCGAGGUACAGCUAAUGUUGCUAUGCUAUUGAAUGUUAAUGAAUUUGAAUUUUAUUUAUCUGGCACUGGUAAUAGUCGUUUUUGGGGUCAAGUACGAGAAGAAGCUAUGUUCGAAACAAAAGGUGUUGGUGAUGUUAAUGCUAUGAAUUUAUUAACUAAACAAGUUAGUGUCUAUUCGGCGGGAGUUAGUACAGUACGAGUAGCAGCUACAGAUGAUGUUCAAAUUGAAGUUACUGGUGUAUCAACUAUUUACUAUCGUUUACCAGCUGGAAAGAAACCAAGUAAAGAAAUAUCAACUGGUCUCGGACAAAUUAUUCAUGUUUCUUAA